CGUUAUCUGAGGACUUGAACAAGACCUGAUACUCUUCGAGGUUUCCGAUAACCCAAUGUGAACAAGGAGCGCUGGUACCUAUAUAUUCUUAACAAAAUCGAAUCUCUAUUCACCAUCCAAAACUAACCCUCAUUAAAAAAAAACUCGAAAAGUCAUAUCACAGUACAGCCCCUGAGGCCCGCCCGCCGGCACGCCAAACCUUUUGUGUCAAGAUAGCCCUCUUGCUGUGCACUGCGAGUAAUGGCUGCUGCCCUGAAAUCAACCCCUUCCUUCCUCCAACUGAAGAAACCGGAGACCCAUUUCAUCGUUCGUAAUAAACCCCCUAUCGUUUCAACCAGAAGGUUCGCGCCAAUGGCGUCUCUCACUGCAACCCGAAGUCUUGGUAUAGGAGAAACAUUCUCCAAUCUCAAGGAACAAGGCAAAGUGGCGCUCAUUCCAUACAUCACAGCCGGUGAUCCUGAUCUUUCAACAACUGCAGAAGCCUUGAAGUUGUUGGACGCCUGUGGAUGUGAUAUAAUUGAACUGGGUGUUCCUUACUCUGAUCCUUUGGCAGAUGGUCCAGUUAUCCAGGCUGCAGCUACACGCUCCUUGGCUAGAGGGACCAAUUUCGAAGCAAUCACAUCAAUGUUAAAGGAGGUGGUUCCCCAAGUAUCGUGUCCAAUUGCAUUAUUUACAUAUUACAAUCCAAUUCUAAAGCGUGGAAUUGAGAAGUUUAUGUCCACUGUAAAUGACAUCGGCGUGCAAGGACUUGUGGUCCCAGAUGUUCCUCUGGAGGAGACUCAAGUUCUGAGGAAGGAAGCUGUCAAGAAUGGGCUUGAACUGGUACUUCUUACAACACCCACUACUCCAACAGAACGAAUGAAAGCCAUUGUUGAAGUGGCAGAUGGAUUUGUGUAUCUUGUAAGCUCAGUUGGAGUUACUGGUACUCGUGCUUCUGUAAGUGACAGAGUUCAAACCCUUCUCCAGGAUAUUAAAGAGACAACAACCAAACCUGUAGCUGUUGGCUUUGGCAUAUCAAAACCAGAGCAUGUCAAGCAGGUAGCAGGAUGGGGUGCUGAUGGUGUCAUUGUUGGUAGUGCGAUGGUGAAGUUGUUGGGUGAAGCAAAAUCUCCCGAGGAAGGAUUGAAGGAACUAGAGAGUUUCACCAAAUCUUUGAAAGCUGCGCUUCCUUGAACACAAUUUUUUUGGGAUGAAAUGAUAGCUUGUAACUCAUAUUUUCAACAGCGAUAUGCAUUGAAAUUGAAUAAAAAGGAAUCAUGUUGUUUAGUAGCA